AGAAAAUCAGGUGCUUCAGACUAAGAAGAGAACUUCUAUCUGCUGCUGUUUUAUCUGAAUCAUUGGAUCCACAGAAGCCUAAAAUGAGAGGAUUAUGUAAGAUUUUACUGUUUAUCAGUGUCUGCUGCAUCAGGGCCAAGAAGACGCGGUGGUGCACCGUUUCAGAUGCUGAACAGAGGAAGUGUGCAGAGCUGGCCAAAUCUCUGGUUGCUGUGCUGCCGCCAGCUGCUGUUGCUGCUUUUGCCAGACUCUCGUGUGUACGAGCGUCCAGCACGACCGACUGCAUCAACAAAAUCAAAGCGAAUCGUGCUGACAUCGUGACACUGGAUGCAGGAGAAGUUUAUUCUGCGGUGAAGCAGUUUGAUCUGGUUGCCGUCGCUAAGGAAAUGUACAGUGAAGGAGGGUGCGUUCUGUCUGUAGCUGUGGUGACAGACAGCAGUAUGGACAUUCGCUCCCUGCAGGGACACAGGAGCUGUCACAGUGGGCUUCGGUGGACAGCUGGAUGGAGCCUCCCACUUGGCUUUCUGCUAUCCAGAAACUACCUGAGUUGGUCCAAAGAGCGUCCUCUCAGCCAGGACAUCAGUGCCUUUUUUAAUGCGAGCUGUGUUCCUGGAGCUGCUGCCGUGGCACCUGAUCUGUGUGCUCUGUGUCGAGGGCAUAAAUCUUUCAUUCGUAAGAAGAAUUACUUCUGUGAGACAUCACACAGCGAGCCUUUCUACAACAACCAGGGUGCCCUGAGGUGCCUCCGAAGCGGGGCUGGGGAUGUUGCAUUUGUGGACCAUUUAGCUCUCGAAAGUGUUGAGGCUAGUGAGCAAGACCAGCUCAGGUUACUUUGUCCGGAUGGGACCAAUGCUCCUCUGAGUCACUACAGAAGCUGUAACCUGGGUUGUGGUCCCGGAGGGGGGGUGAUCACCAGAUACAAUUUCCGUAAAGUUGUCCGUAAGUUCAUAACCACCAUCCAGUUGCUUUUUGGACGAAAUGGAAAACGGAGACAACACUUUCAGCUUUUCAACUCAACCUCUUUUGGAGAAAACGACCUUCUCUUUAGAGACAUGACAGACAAACUGGUUGUCCUGCCCGACGACGUGGAUGUCAGCCAGGUGUUGGGGCUGGAUUAUGUUGCUCUUCUUAAAGGCCUUGGCCAUGAAGGAAGCUCCCUGGAGGACAGUGUUGUGCGAUGGUGCUGCAUCAGCCAUGCUGAGCAGAAGAAGUGUGAGCAAUGGGCCCUCAGCAUAAAGUCAGACCCUCUGGUGUGUGUCAGGGGUGUGUCGAUGCGUGACUGCAUUAAGAGAAUCAAAAAGGACGAGGUGGAUGCCGUCUCACUGGACGCAACACACUCAUACGUUGCAGGGAAAUGUGGUCUCAUCCCCGUGGUAACAGAGUAUUAUGGAAGAACCUGUGCUCCAGCGGAAGGAUCAGCUCACGUGGAGACAGACGUUUUCCCCUCUGUGGCAGGCGUGGCUGUAGCAAAGCACUCCAGCAGGAACAUAUUUAUGGGGAAUCUGGGAGGCCGCCGCUCAUGUCACAGCCACCUAUACAGCCCUGCAGGCUGGCUGCUGCCCUACACACACACACUAAGCUUGGAGCACAACAACAGCGAUCCAAACCAAGUGUUCGAUGAGGUGUUCUGGAAGGGCUGUCUCCCUGGAUCUCAGGGGAAUCUGUGCAAAGUGUGUAUGGGAGGAACAGGGGAGGCUGCCACCAAACGCUGCUCUGACAACCACAAUGAGCGUUACUAUGGCAACAUGGGGGCAUUGAGGUGUCUUGUUGGAGAUCCAAGUGGGAAGAGUUACGGAGAAGUGGCGUUCCUGGAGCAGCACAGCCUCCACACUAACAUCCUCAGUUUGAGUUCCAGCGGUUGGGCGGAGGGCUGGACGUCAUCUGAUUUUGAGCUGCUGUGUGCUGACGGGCGCCGUGCUGCUCUUUCAGAGUGGGAAAGUUGUAACCUGGGAGCCGUCCCUCCAAACACCAUCAUGACGCGGCCGGUGCUUGCUGCACGAAUCUACAACUUCCUGAUUAAGUCACAGGAAACACUGGGAGCCAACCCAAACUCUGAGUUCAAGCUGUUUGAAUCUCAUCAGUACGGAGAAAGUGACCUUCUGUUUAAAGACGCAACAAGGUGCUUUGUUCACACGAGCCACAUGGAGUACCGCACCAUCCUUGGAGAGGCGUUUUACUCCCAUGUGGAAAAUGUCUUUAAUUGCACACACUCCGAUAUUUUGGAGUUUUGUAACAAGGAUGUGUGCAGCGCAUUCUAAUGGAGAAAAAAACACACAUUUUCUCUGAACUUCUCAGUUAUUCAACUCUUGUUCCGUGGACUGGAAACCAUCACGA